AUGGCUGUUGUACUCAAGACUACUCCAGUUCAAACAAAUUACCUCAUGGCAAUCUAUGUCUUUGUCCCAAUGAUCACGACUUGUGGAACUUAUUUGAACAGCAAGUGCCAAGCAAAAGAGAGGAGCUAUUUCUACCAAAUAAAGCAGAAUGCAUACUUAAGAGUUGCAUUUUGCACCAAUGGAGCGCUUGAUCCCUGGGCCUCACUGGGCAUUCUACGAGCCAGCGAAGCACCCCGAGCUACUGUGCUUUACAUACCAGACGCUGCUCACCAUCUAGAUCUAAUGCCCACACAUCCCAGUGACUCGAUCGAGCUGAGGAAGGCACGACAAAUUGAAUUACAAUUGAUUCGGACCUGGGUGAAGGAAUGGCACACAAUGUACUCCCGGUGA